AUGGCGUCUCCCAGCGGCUGCCGGCCUCAGCCCGGCGGGCAGGGCGGCGGGGCCGAAACCGGGGCCGGGGCCGGGCCGGCGGUUCUGCGGGGUGCCGAGGAGGACGCCGAGGGGUUGUACGUGGCGGUGGAGCGGUGCCCGCUCUGCAACACCACGCGCCGCCGCCUCACCUGCGCCAAGUGCGUCCAGAGCGGCGACUUCGUCUUCUUCGACGGCCGCGACUCCGAGAGGUUUUCAGACAAGAAAGAAAGGCUGAUGCAUCUUAAAACCAAACAGAGAGAAUUCCAAAAACAUGUUUUGAAGGCCAUGGAAGGGAAAGAGAUAACUGAUCAGCUGAGAUGGAAAAUAAUGUCUUGCAAGAUGAGGAUUGAGCAGCUGAAACAGACCAUUUGCAAAGAAAAUGAUGAAAUGACAAGACACACGGAGGGGCUUCUGAGAAUUAAAGAAGAGAACCAGAAGCAUUAUCGCAGGGCUCAGCGGCAUCAGGAGAAGAAAGAGAAGAUCCAGAGGCAUAACCGCAAGCUGGGAGACUUGGUAGAGAAAAAAACCUAUGACUUGAAAACCCAGUACGAGCAUCUGGCAAAUCUUCGUCGGACGCAUAUCCUGGAGCUAACGUCAGUCAUAUUUCCCAUUGAAGAAGUAAAGACAAGCAUGAGAGAUCCUGCAGAUGUGUCUUCUGAGAGUGACAAUGCUAUGACCUCUAGCACUGUGAGCAAGCUCGCGGAAGCCAGGAGAACCACGUAUCUCUCUGGGAGAUGGGUGUGUGAUGAUCAUAAUGGGGACACCAGCAUCAGUAUCACAGGGCCUUGGAUAACCCUUCCUAAUAAUGGAGACUAUUCAGCAUAUUACAAUUGGGUGGAAGAGAAGAAGACUACACAAGGACCAGAUAUGGAACAUAAUAACCCUGCUUAUACCAUCAGUGCUGCAUUGUGCUAUGCAACUCAGCUUGUUAACACUUUGUCUCUCAUACUUGAUGUAAAUCUUCCCAAGAAGCUCUGCAACAGCGAGUUCUGUGGAGAGAAUCUCAGCAGACACAGGUUCACGCGGGCAGUGAAGAAGCUGAAUGCUAAUAUCCUUCACCUUUGCUUCUCUCAGCAUGUAAAUUUAGAUCUGUUGCACCCACUGCAUACGCUCAGGAACCUUAUGUACCUGGUCAGCCCAGACACUGAGAACUUGGGCAGGUCUGGGCCUUUUGAAAUCAGUGCUGAUCUUGAAGACUCCAUGGAGUUUGUGGAUCCCAGUGCCGCCGGCGAAACAGACGAGAGCGGAGAUGAGCACGUCAGUGAUGAAGAGACAGACCUAGGGACAGACUGGGAGAAUCUGCCAAGCCCCAGGUUCUGCGAUAUCCCCUCCCAGCAGGUGGAGAUGCUGCAGAGCCAGAGCACGCAGGUAUCUCAGCCCAUUGCCAGCAGCAGCGCCGGUGGAAUGAUCUCGUCCGCUGCUGCCUCGGUGACCUCGUGGCUGAAGGCGUACACUGGACAUCGCUAAAGAGCAUGGGAAAAGGAUCAUAGGAUUUGUGGAAGGAAUCCCUCCCCGGCAAUGCUGUAGUAAACCUUACAUAUUCAGUUAAGUAGUGCCUGGAACAAAGAAAAGGUCAGACUUUUCAUUUUGUAAACCAGAAAAACCUUUUUAUUUACCCAAGAUGACUGUGAUGGUACCAUUUUGUAAAUUAGCUAGCUACGUACUUCUGACGGAUUCUGUGAUGGCACUUUGUGUCUUGGUUCUGUCUGCAUUGUUGAGUAUCAAAGAAGAAGGACACAGCAGCCUCCAGCUCUACUUUCUGAAGAAGAAACAGAUUUUGGAGUAUUUGAAUUGGGAUGAGUACAGAGAGAAGGCUGCUCAGUGUGCAGUCUGGACAGUGGUGCAAAUGCAGUUCAUGUUUUCUUAACUCCUUACAGGGUUUUUGUUUGUGUGUGUUUUAAAUCUGUCUUGCAUAAUGCAAAAAUGCGUAUUUCUAAAUUUUUUUCAUUCAGGACAUGAAAAUUAUGCAUUUUUAACAUGUUUUCUAAUAUCUGUUGCCAUA